AGUGCCACCGAAUAAAUGCAGACGUACACAGACAGCGCGGGAAUGAGCACUGCAUUCUACCCACCGCUGCUGUUCCCGGACGCUGAUGCAACCAGCCUGAAGUCCCCCACCCUCGGCCGCUCCUCCCGGGGCUGUGCCGUGCAGGCGGAGGCUCCGAGCGCCGCUCCCGGCACCCGCCCGGCUCCGCGCCGCCUCCCCCCGCCUUCACCGCGCCGCAGCCGCCGAGGAGCCCGUGUGAAGAUGAGCUGUGAAGAAAUUGCUGUGUGUGCAGUACUGCUUAGAGAAAACCUCUGCCUCUAUUUUGAAGAUGAUGAACUGGAAUGUGAUGCCUUUUGUAAGGAAAAAACUAUCAAACGAUUCUUUCGAAACGUCAAUAGCCAGUUGCUUGUGGUUCGUCCAGAUUUAAACGUGGCAGCUUUUGAAGAUGUAACAGAUCAGGAGGUGAAAUCUGGCAGCGGAAUGUACUUCAACAUUCACUGUUACAAAACCACCGCGCCUUCAGCAGGGAUGCCUGUUGCAUUCAGCGUCCAGGUAGAAGAUAAGAGUUACUACAUGUGUUGUGAGAAAGAGCAUGGGAAAAUGGUUGUUCGAUUUAGGGAAGGAGAAGUUCCCAAAGACAUUCCUGGUGAAAGUAACAUCAUAUUUUUCAAAAAGACAUUUACAUCUUGCAGCUCCAGGGCUUUUAAGUUCGAAUAUUCACUUGAACAAGGGAUGUUCUUGGCCUUUGAGGAAGAAGACUCCUUAAGAAAACUAAUUUUAAAGAAACUGCCAAGAGAAGAUGAAGUUGAUGAAACCACAAAGUUUGUAACAAGUCAUAAUGAAAGGUACAACCUAUGAUAUAUUUCUACACUCUUAAAACAUAAUUUGGCUUUUUACAAAAGAAGUCUAAUUCAUUCAAAAUCCAAAGGAAAACAAUUGUAUAUUUAAUAUAUUUCCAUAUAGCCAGCUACAGUAAGACAGUUCAAAAAUGAGCAUCUCCAAAUGCAAAACAAAUGCAAGUUCUUGGGGAAAAGCAGCAGAAGAAUGUUUUCUAGCAAAUGACAGCAAGAAGAACUACAGAUUGAAUAAACAAGAACACACGUGUGUUCACAGACUUGUAUAGUCUGAUUUCAAACAUCUUUAGAGCUUGUUGAACAAACAGUUUUGAAGUAAAUUUCUCAUACAUAGAGAAGAAGUAUUGUGAGGAUGGAGAGAAAACAGCUGAAAAAAGCAGACCAUGAAUCUCACCAAUAAACACAGCUUUACUUUAAACCCCCCCUCCCCCACUCUUUAUUUCUUGUCUUCACCUAUUUCAGUUACACAGGGGCACUGGUCCCUUCAAGAGAAGCGGCAACAAGCUUUUACUGGAAACUUAACAGCAUCAUUUACUAGAGAACUGGUAACUUACCUCAACAAUUGGAAUUUUAAUGAUACUGUUUGUCUUCAAGAGAAGCGGCAACACGUUUUUACUGGAAACUUAGCACCAUCAUUUACUAGAGAACUGGUAACAUACCUCAACAAUUGGAAUUUUAAUGAUACUGUUUGUCUUCAGAGAAAAUGAAGGAAACGUUCAAAGGGGCUUUGAAACUCGAGAGUAAGCUGCAGAUGACUAUAAAAUGAAACAAACAUUGGUGCAUGGAACAGGCUGUUAAUUACAAAGGUAGAAAGGGCUGUGGGGAGGAAGCUAUCUUUGUGUAUGGUAACACAGGACAUGCUGUGCUCGAGCUGUGCACUCUUUCACAUUUGGAGCUGAGUAAACAGGAAUUCAGCAAAACAUGGUACAUGUAACACACUGCAAAUAUUUCCUCUCCAGAGAGUGUAUGAAUCCUAGCUUCUGUGUAUAAUAGAGACAUCGCUCCUCCUCUCCCAAGCCAACUGCAGGCUGCAUUACCUGGACAUGGUUUGAAGCUGAGGUCCUGGAUCCUCACAUUGCCAGGCAGGAGAGGCAAUUAGAGGGAGGGUACAAUUGUCCUAUCUCACACAGGCAGAAGUAAUCAGAGAAAAGAGGAAAGCUUCUGUCAAGAAAAGGAAAAUUCCUCAAAUUUGCAGAAGACAAUAAAAGCCUCAAUAUUUGCUUUGGUAUUAAAAAAAAAAAA